UAAUACCGUUUUGUAGUUUUCUUUCCCUCCACAUUCAAAAACAACAAUGAACAGAUCUUCCAUUGAAAUCGAGCGCAGGAUCCUGCGCCUUCUUCAUGGCCAUAAAACCCGAACCCAACUCACUCAAAUUCACGCUCAUUUUCUCUGCCACAACCUUCACCAGUCCAACCAGAUCCUAUCUCAUUUCGUCUCCGUUUGUGGUACCCUCAACAAGAUGACUUAUGCAGUUCAAAUCUUUAAACGAAGCCAAAACCCCAAUAUUCUUCUCUUCAAUUCCAUGAUCAAGGCCCAUUCACUUAACGGGCCUUUUGAGGAGUCUCUUAACUUGUUCUCUGUCAUGAAAAGCCGUGGCAUUUGUCCUGACGAGUAUACAUUUGCGCCGUUGCUUAAGGCGUGUGUUAGUGUUUGUGAUGUUAGAGUUGGUCAAUGUGUUCAUGGGGAGGUUAUUAGAAGUGGUUUUAAGUGUUUUGGUUCAAUAAGGAUUGGGAUUGUUGAGUUGUAUACAAAGUUUGAUAAGAUGGGGGAUGCUAUGAGGACGUUUGAGGAAAUGGGUCACAGAGAUGUGAUUGUCUGGAAUUUGAUGAUUCGAGGGUUUUGUAAAAGAGGAGAUGUUGAUAUGGGGUUUCAUCUUUUCAGGGAGAUGAGUGAGAGAAGUAUUGUUACCUGGAAUUCAUUGAUUUCUUGUUUAGCACAGAGUGGGAGGGAUAGCGAAGCUUUGAGAUUAUUUCAUGAAAUGCGCGAUCAAGGAUUUGAGUUAGACGAGGCAACUAUUGUUAGUGUGUUGCCUGUUUGUGCUCGUUUGGGAGCUGUUGAUGUUGGGGAGUGGAGUCAUGCUUAUGCUAAAUCAAGUGGUCUUUAUCGGAAUUUCGUUUCAGUUGGAAAUGCCUUGGUUGAUUUUUAUUCGAAGUGUGGAAUUUUGGAGACUGCUGCGAAGAUCUUCAGGGAAAUCCCUAGAAAAAAUGUCAUCUCUUGGAAUGCCAUGAUUUCAGGCCUGGCUUUUAAUGGAAGGGGUGAUCUCGGCAUUGAAUUGUUUGAGCAAAUGAUGAUGACAGAUGUGAGUCCUAAUGCUGCUACUUUUGUGGGUGUUCUAACAUGUUGCACUCAUGCUGGGAUGGUGGAAAAGGGGCGCGAGUUGUUUGCUGCUAUGACAGAACAGCACAAUGUAGAGCCAAAUCUCGAACAUUAUGGAUGUAUGGUUGAUGUCCUUGGACGUAGUGGAUGUGUUAGAGAUGCCUAUGACCUGAUUAGAAGCAUGAGUAUCAAGCCAAAUGCUGCUUUAUGGGGUGCACUGCUAAGUGCUUGCCGUACUCAUGGUGAUGUAGAACUUGCAGAACAUGCUGUUAAAGAGCUUAUUAAUCUUGAACCAUGGAAUUCUGGCAAUUAUGUUUUAUUAUCGAAUAUUUAUGCAGAAGAGGGGAAGUGGGAUCAUGUUGAGAAUGUAAGAGUGUUGAUGAGAGAAAGGAGUAUUAAGAAAUCACCAGGCCAGAGUGCUAUUAGAUAAUUACUUAAUACUGGUUCAGUUAAGUAGCGCUUACUGUCUAUUCAUAGUCGGACCAUACAAUGUUCCCUCUAUAACGAGAUUUUGAAUUUCCCUGCAGGAGGAAAUGUUUGUCCUGAGGAUCUUUAAUUCAUUUAGAAUAGCUAUGAGUUGCACUGAUAGCCAAGCAAGCUGACUCUCUUGGUAAUGUGAAGGGUCAGAAUCAAUUAAUUAGCCUUAACUCCAGUGGAGGUCAUGGAAUUCUUCUUAAUCACUGUCUUUUAUACCUUAGGCCUUAUCAUUAUACUCAAAGGAUACUGCUCUUCAAUUUACAAGCAAGUUGGGAAGAAAACAAGUAGAAGAGAUGGGAAAAAAGACUACUUGUGGAAGAUGCUAUGCCCCCAAGUUUUCAAGUGGUUCGACACCCAAGAAGCAAACAGCUUCAACAACAAAGAAGCAAGCACCUGUGCCAACAGCUUCAACAACAAAGAAGCAAACACCUGUACUGUCAACCAUUUCAAAAGCUUGCAAACCAAAGAACAAAUCCUCUGUGUCAAUCAUUUCAAAGGUUGCAACUGCGAAGAUCGGAAAAUCAUCUGCCAAAAUGAUUGGUGUGGUAGUGGGCGUUGAGAUUAAGCAGUAAUGUCGUUUGUUAUAUGUAAUGGAAAGGCGUGUUUAUUUUUUUUACAUCAUAAUCUGGUUUUGUUGAAGUCCCCUCAUCCUCAUGAAAUGUUGCUAUUAGUUCUGUGUUUUAAUAUAUAUCUAUUUCUUCAA